AUGUGGAAUCGUUUAUCAGUAUUCCUCACGUGCAUACAGGGAUGUCAAACUCAUUUAACACAGGCCGGAUAUGAUAUAACUAAAAAUUACAUAAGAUAUAGCUUGAAAUUUACAUAUUUCUUGGGUUUAGAUUCAAAGCCAUGCACGUUUGUUUACAAACAAACGCGCCUUCAGCAUGCUUCCCCGGGUGACACAAGAGGCGAGGUCGUCAAAAGAAAAGCUAGGCAAAUUUUCACACUGGAAGACAUUCUCUGUCAAGACAAGAUAAAAGGAAGAAUAAGACGAGAGAAGAAGAAAAACGGGACAGAUACGUUUCUUCUGGAGCGAAAAUUGAAAACUUUCAACAGAUGUAAACAGAGUUUUGUAGAUCGGCGGGAAGACGAGAGGAAACAGACAGCAUUAGAUCCUGCCUGGAUAGAUGAAGAUCUCCUUUCCAUAGUGAAAACUGCAAAAGCUUUACAUAAGGAGGGCUAUUUGUAUAAGCAUGACAUACCCCCUGAAGAUCUACAAGGUCUAAGAAAAAGAUAUACGUGUGAUAGCACAGAAGUGUCGCCAAUAGAUGAUAUUUGGAAAUUCCGGGAUGUGUUAGAGGAAGUAGCAGGAAAACCAGGCAUGAAGUCUAUUUCAGUGGUGAAUUCAUUCCCUACAGACUUUGAUGAGUCAGAACCUUCAUCAUCAGUGUCAGUAACAUACAACCAAGAGGUAAAGGAUAUGACAGGGUAUAAGAAACAGUCAAAAAUAUGUAUGAAAAUGUACUGAUCAUAGCACAGCACCAGCAGAAGCCAAUCAUUCACAGCCACAAACAUCAAAACCAGCAAGGGUGUUUCAUCCUUCGAUUUCAGCCUCAGAUCUACAAUGAUCAUCAAAGCUACCUCAGGUUGCUGCAGAAACACAGCAAUUAAAGUCACCACUUCCGCAGACACUUGCUAACUCGGUUGUGAUGUGUUAACUUUCAUAAGUCAGUAACAUCUUCUUUGAUAGAACAUGUAAAAGAGCAAAAAUCGAUGGAAGACAAAAGAAAAAUUCUAAAGCAAGUAUAUGGUUUUAUUCAGGGACAAAAUGCAUGGUUUGAAAGACUAGCCGAAAUUGCAAAAUGGCAGAACAAUUUAUUGGAGCAAUUUGCAAAUCAUAUGGUCCUAAAAGAACAGGUAAGAGGCUCAUGCAGCGACAGUUAGGACAGAUACAGCAGAUGGCACACUUAUAUGACCUACAACACCAACAUCAGCAGUUCAUCUACCAACUUCGGCAGCUGCAACUGGAAUUUUUGUAUGAACUGCAUGACCACCACCAGUGCUACAUACAAGAGAAAGGCAACAGUUAAUUUUGGUAAAAGAGUGAAUGGAAAUACUCCCAGCAAAUGAUAAAGCCAGUCUGGCACAGUGAGAUUGAUAUGCAAGUUACAUCAAUGGCAUUAAUGGUCCAAUAGUCUGUAAAAGGAAGUGUAAAGUCCCAUGUUUACUCAUGCUGAGAUUAGAGAUUAGUGCAUAUGUUUUGUGAAAUUAUUUUUAUAUGUGAGUUUCAACAUGGAAUAUAAUUUCCUUUUUCAAACUUAAUUACAGUAUGAACUGUUAAUAUAAACUAUUGUAGACAAAAUGCCCAACCUUAUAUUUAGUUUAGAGAAUCCCAAAGACAAAAAUAUUAUUAAUAUUAUUGUUUUAGUCCAAUAUAUAAUUUGUACAGUGGAAAUGUGUAAAGUAUUGUCUUAAAGUUAAUAUGAGUUAUUCAUACGAAUUUUUAAUUACAAGUGCUGUAAUGUUCCAGUUUCCCAGUUAACCCAAGAUCAUGAUCAUAAGUCUGCAAUGCUAAAUUUUUUUCAGCAGUGUUUAUGUAUCAUCAAA